AUGCGCCCCUGGAAGAAACCGCGGGGCUUCUUGGUGGGAAAGGGCCUUCCAGCCUCGGUGACCACCACGACGGAGGCCAUCGGGUCUCAGUCCCCCUGCAUCUCGGCGGAAGGGGAUUCAGGGGUUCAGGAAAUGGAAGAGGUAGCGAAGCCCAGCAGCGAGGCAACCCACCUGCCCAGCUCCCAGGCCACAGACAUCACAGCCACCAAGGACAUACAUGCAGGGGGCGGCCAAGCUCCCCGCACCCGGAGCCUCCCGGGAGGAGGCCGCCCUCCCUCAGCGUCGCCCACCGCCCCGCAGGGUCUGACCCUCACCAGCGUCCCCGCAGCCCACGGUCGCCCUCGCUCUCCAGCUGCACCCACACUGGACCCUGCCAGCUCCUGCGCCCAGCCAGGCUUCUGUCCACCCGGAGGCCGUUCCCUCUGCAGCCUCCUCCCUCCUCACCCACCAUCCUUCCCCGACAGCGCCUGGUGGACCCUGGUCUGUGGAGACACCUCGGUGGUCCCCAAGAUCAUCCCACCAGCCCCGGAAUUCCUGGGGAUGCGGGAACUUCAUGUGCAGGCCAUACGGAGGCACAGAGCAGGCAGCAGAGACCCAUGGAGCCCCCGUCAGGCCCUCCCCGCAGAGGACAGGACCCCCCGGCUCGGGCCCCUGCUCACAGUAUUGAUUUAUUUUCUCUCUUUGCUACUAGUCUCAGUUUUGAUCAUCUGGAGCCGACCCAUCACAGCCCAACUCAGGAUUGAAUCGGUGCCAUUCAAUACUGCUGAAAGGAACGAUGUUCUUCUGCUUGUCCACAAUCAGCCAGAGAAUUCUUAUGGCUAUAGCUGGUUCAAGGGGGAAAAGGCGGACGAAGGCCAUCAAAUUCUAGCAUAUGUAAUAGACAGUCAACAAACAACCCCAGGGUCUGCCCACAGCGGUCGAGAGAGAACCCCCAAUGGAUCCCUGCUGCUCCAGAACGUCACCCAGGGGGACUCAGGAGCCUACACCCUACAAGUAUUAAAGAGAAACCUUCAGAUUGAGCUAUCCACUGGAUGGUUCCGCAUAUACCCGGAGUUACCCACACCCUUCAUCACGAGCCACAACUCUGACCCCAUGGAGGACCAGGACUCUGUAGCAUUCACAUGUGAACCUGAGACCCAGAACACAACCUACCGCUGGUUGAUAAACAAUCAGAGCCUCCCAGUCAGUGCCAGGCUGGAGCUGUCCCUGGACAACAGAACUCUCAUGAUCCACAGCGUCUGUGAGUCCGUGACAAAGCCCACCAUCCUAGCCAGCAACACCACAGUCACAGAACACAAGGACUCUGUGGUGCUGACCUGCCUCUCACACCACUCUGGAGUCUCCACCCGGUGGAUCUUCAAUGGGCAGAGCCUGCGGCUCACGGAGAGGAUGGAGCUGUCCCAGGGGAACAGCAUCCUCAGAAUAGACCCCGUCAAGAAGGCAGAUGAAGGGAAUUAUCAGUGUGAGGUCUCCAAUGGGUUCCAUUCCAGUGAAAGUGACCCCCUCCGGCUGAUUGUGCAGAGUGAGUGA